GCUGGCAUGAGUAGGAACUCUGAAAUCCUUCAGCCUGACUGACUCAUGGGAUCUCCCAACUGAUAGCUACAAAAAAGAAAGAAAAAAGAGUGCCUGAAAGAGAUAUUAUACAUUCUUAAAACUCAGUGCUAAGGAAAGCAAAAUGUUGCUGAUUUGCCUGAUUCUCCAGAUUGCCAGCAGCACCACUGUCAGUGGACAACAGGAGCAUGCCCUUACAAUGUCCACUCUGUGUCCACAUCAGUGCCAGUGUGAAGAAGAUGGCAUCAUGGUAAUUGUGGAUUGUUCAGAGCUCGGACUCUCUGCAGUGCCCAGAAGCCUUAGCUCCUUUACCUCCUACCUGGAUCUCAGUAUGAACAACAUCAGUAUGCUGCAGCCGAAUGCAUUCCAUUAUCUUCACUUUUUAGCGGAGCUGCGACUGUCUGGUAAUAACCUGAGGCACAUCCCUGGAAAGGUCUUCACAGGCCUCUUCAACUUAAAAGUCUUGAUGUUACAGAACAACCAGCUUCAGCAUCUUCCCAGUGAUGAACUAUGGGAUUUGCCAAACUUACUGUCCCUCCGCUUGGAUGCAAAUCUAAUUUCUGAGGUACCAGAGCAGACAUUCACAGGGCUGCAGUCACUCCGGCACCUAUGGCUAGAUGACAAUGAACUGACAGAGAUCCCUGUGGGUGCCCUCAAUAGUCUUCCUGCCCUGCAGGCCAUGACUCUGGCACUGAACCGCAUUAGCCACAUUCCGGAUGGAGCCUUCCGUAACCUGUCCAACCUUGUAGUGCUUCAUCUUCAUAACAACAGAAUCCAGGCUCUAGGAGAGAACUGCUUUCAAGGGCUGCACAGCUUAGAGACCCUUGAUCUGAACUACAACAACCUUCAGGAGUUUCCUGUGGCCAUUAGAACACUUACUAAACUCCAAGAACUGGGGUUUCAUAACAACAAUAUUAAAGCUAUUCCCGAGAGAGCAUUUGUGGGGAACCCACUUCUACAGACCAUCCAUUUUUAUGAGAAUCCAAUACAGUUUGUUGGGAGAUCUGCAUUCCAAUACCUGCCUAAGCUACACACUCUAUCCUUGAAUGGAGCCACAGAAAUAAAAGAAUUCCCUGACCUAAAAGGAACCACUAGUCUGGAAAUUUUGACCCUAACAAGGGCUGGACUUACCUCUCUUCCCCAGAGCCUGUGCCAGCAGCUGCCAAGCCUGCAAGUGCUGGAACUGUCUAAUAAUCAGAUACAGGAGCUGCCCAGUUUUUACCGCUGUCACCGCCUUGAGGAAAUAGGUCUCCAGCACAAUCAAAUCAAAGAGAUUAGUACAGCUACAUUCCAGCAGCUUACCUCUCUGCGCUCAAUAGACCUUAGUUGGAAUCAAAUUAAGACCAUUCACCGUGAUACCUUUGCUUCUCUACAGUCCCUGGUCAAACUAGAUCUGGCAUACAAUCAGUUAACAAAUCUUCCACUAGAUGGCCUCAGUGGAUUGACUCAUCUCAAACUAAAAGGCAAUCUGGAGCUGUCUGAGCUAUUCAGAAUGGAGGACUUUCCGAAAAUGAGAAUGAUAGAAAUGCCAUAUGCUUAUCAAUGUUGUGUGUAUGGAGCCUGCAACAAGAACAACAAACCUUCUGGUCACUGGGAAGCUGAUCAAAUGGGAAGUGAGGAUGAUGAUAUACAUAAAAGGACCGUGGCUAUGUUCCCAAGGCACAUUGAUAGUAACUAUGAUGUAGAGGUGGAAGAAUUCCAGUUGGAAGUUGAUGAAGACAGACUACAACCCAGCGUUCAAUGUACUCCCGCUCCAGGCCCAUUCAAGCCAUGUGAAUACCUGUUUGACAGCUGGGUAAUUCGGUUGGGUGUGUGGGCUAUUGCUCUGGUCUCUCUUAUUUGUAACACCCUGUUAAUUGUCACAGUCCUUGUCUCACCCAGUUACCUUUCCCCUGUCAAGUUUGUCAUUGGUUUUAUUGGUGGAGCCAACCUGCUGACUGGGCUAUGCACAGGUACUCUGGCGCUGGUGGACACACUGACCUUUGGGGAGUUCUCCCAGCAUGGAGCUCAAUGGGAGACAGGCCUGGGCUGCCAGGUCGGUGGCUUCUUCUCCAUCUUUGCCUCUGAAGCAUCCAUCCUCUUCUUGACAUUAGCAGCAGUGCAGUGCAGCAUUUCUGUGUCCUGUGUUAGGGCCUAUGGCAAGUCCCCCUCCUUCAGCAGUGUCAAAGCAGCUGCACUGUGCUGUGUGGGGCUGUCCCUGGCAGCAGCAGCACUGCCCAUCUUCAAAGUGGGAGAAUAUGGAUCUUCACCUCUUUGCCUCCCCUACCCGCUCCCAGUAGGGCAUUCUUCCACUCUAGGCUUCAUGGUGGCCCUCAUCAUGAUGAACACCCUAUGCUUCUUGGUGAUCACUGGCACCUACAUCAAGCUUUAUUGGGAUCUGAUGACAGGAGAGUUUAACAGCGUCUGGGACUGUGCAAUGAUUAAGCAUGUGGCCUGGCUUAUCUUUACCAAUUGCUUGCUCUACUGUCCUGUGGCCUUUCUCACCUUUUCUUCCCUUCUCAGUCUUUUCCCCAUUAGUGAGGAGGUGAUAAAGUCUGUCUUGCUCAUUCUUUUUCCCCUCCCAGCUAGCCUGAACCCUCUUCUCUAUCUCUUGUUCAACCCCCACUUCAAGGAGGACUUCCAUCUUCUCUGCAGGAAGUCCAAGUCCCCACAGGAGGAAACCUUGAAUUCAUUUGUUUCUGAGGAAACUGAAAAGAGCUCCUAUGACUCCACACAGGCUCUUGUCUCCUUCUCUGAUGUGGAUAUGUUCUUUGAGGGCAGUAUCCUGCCUACACGAGAGCCAAUCCAUUACCCUCCAUCCUCCUCAGUUCCUCUAAUCCUCUGCCAACAGCAAACAACCCCCAGGAAAGACUGUACAACUUUCUCUGGCACAGGGCCCUCUCUAAUGGAUGAAGAACAACCUCCUGAAAAGCAGCAGUAGUUCCUGUAAUGGAAUUUACUCUUCCUCACCAUUUCCAUUUCAUUAAUAAUUUAGUAUUUUUUUAAAAUAUACUGAAUUUAGUAUCAUUAGAAGCCAUGCAACACUUUCCAAAGGACAGUAGGUAGCAAAUCAAUUGCUUAAACAAUCAUCACUCAAGAAGGGACCAUUAUGCUUAAGUAACUGUAUAUUGAUUAAUUUUAACUCCUACCUUCAUGAGCAGUUUUAAAAUUGGCAUAGUGCUAUGUCUGUAGCUAACUGUUGUUUCAAAAGUAGUUCUUGAACAUGCACAGCACCCAACAAAUUGUUUUAAUAAAAAAAUAUUUUUAUUAGUAGCAAAAUGCUAUUACUGUCAUAUUAUGCAGGUUUUGUUUUAAUUAUUAUACUUGUUAAAGUUCAAAUAGAAGUACUAUCAUAGGGUUCAAUUUGCAGUCAUGAACAUAGAAGAUUUACUGAGUUCAACUUGUGAUUCUCUUAUGCAAAGCCUGACCUUUGAGCUUUGAAAGUCAUUUAAGACCUGAAAGACCUGACCUUUGAAAGUCAGUUUUUUUAUUUACAUUCACAAAUUACUGUAUGUUUAGUCAUACACACUUGAUAUGGAACUGUCGAUAAUGCUUUUUCACAUUUCAGUAUACACAGCUACAAACUCUGUGACCACACAAAAGAGAAUGAUGAAGGUGCAUCCACCUUUGAGCCAUUUGUAUAUUAACGUGUCACAGGCAAUACAGCCCUGUACCAGAGCUUCAGCGCCUUCUGGAGGAGAGCCAUGUCCCUCACUGACAUUACUGCAUACCUGCCUUCAAAUGUCGCUGUUGUGCUUAGAGCCAAGGUAACCCUGGCCACCUGCUCUCUACCUGUUCAGCCUGUUGUGUAUCACUGACUGGACAGUUCUGGUCAAUGUCAGCAGCUAGCUCAAAUCUGUAGUCAUAGAGAUUAGAGCUUCAUAGAGAGAGCUUCUAACCAAGUGAGUAUCUUUACCAGAAAAGCCACUUGGAAUGGUGAUUAAUUCUGAAAUGGAAUAUAACUACCCUGAAAGAACAGUCUUAGCAUAUGGUAAAAUGCACCCCACUGCAAACCUUUAUCUUCAACUGUAUAAAUCUAAAGCUUGUAAUUUUGUUUGUUUGAUGUUUACAAAAUUGCAAGUAAUCACCUCCACAACAUUCAACCUUGCUUUAGAUUAAGCUAGGUUUCUUUUGUUAGGGUGAUCAACUAUACAUCAUUAAUAAUGAUAUCCAGAGAAUAUAUAAAUAAUUUUCUAUGGUACAUAUAAAAUAGGAAAAUACACUUUUAACAAAAUCGCAUUAAAAGCUUGUUAUAUUCUCUAUUUCUAAAGAACUUACUGUAUCCUUUACUUCUUUUGAUCUGUUAGUGCAUGUAUACAGUUGUUACAGUGCUCCCGGUACUUAGAGAUCUAAGAAAAGCUGUUUCUUAUGUAUAGGGUAAUUUAUUAACAUUAGUGACCACUGUUGAGGAAACUUACUUUUUAAAAUGUACAGUAUCUGUUACAAUGUACACAUGUAAGUGCUUUAUAAAAAGAACAAAAGUUGAGAGAAACAGUUUAAAAUGGUAAUGUAUUACUUUAAAUUGUGGCACACUAAAAAAACCUAGGGUUACAAAAGAGAGGAGGCCAGUUGGCCCAUUUUAGUAGUUUAUUGAUCCAAGGACCUUAUCCAUUCAUUGGUAGCUUCUUCCAUGGUCCACAACCCUUUGAGUAAAGAAAUGCCUCCUAGUAGCAGUUUUAAAACACAACUUAGAUUUUCACCUGACAUCUUCAAAAUUAAUUCCUUACUCAAGUAACAUCUACUUGUAAUUAAUUUAUAAAAGCAAAGCAACUUUCCCCAUCAUUUUCAGCAGCAUAGUUAGGUAAUCAAAUCUACUGAGUUGGAAGAUGUGCAACAUUCACAGCUGUAGUACACAUUGUUUUCUAUGAAAAUACAGUAAUUACCAUGCUGUUGGACAAAACUACAGUAGCAUUACAACCUGGGGCAUCUGUACUUUCAAGAUUGGAAAGUAUAAAUCCAAGGUGGCUAACAUUAUUGUUUAAAUUACAACUGAAAACAAAUUUGUUACAUUGAUUGUUUAUUCAGAAUUUUAGGAUGAAUAUUAGCUUUUUGAUAUUUUGUUUGAAAGGAACAUAAUCUUUCUUCUGUUUCUGUGCACAAGUACUUCCCCUUUUCUCCUAUAUUGGCCUAAAGGACAAUGAAAACCCUCUAAAGACUUGACGCACAGAUCUUUACAUUUUACCAGAAUUCAUUUAUUUUUACAUACGCCCCUCUUGAUAUAAUUACAGUCAUUUAAAGAUAUUCCUCUUAAUCAAAAAUAUUGUAUUUAUUGAAAAGCAUACAGAUGCAACUGACUUCUGAUUUUUAUAACUUUUGUUCAAUUUUGCUUUUAAAGUAGGAAGCUAUACAGCUGACAGCUAUACAGUGUAACUACCUCUGAACUAGAAGGCUAUUUUUCCAUUAUACCUUAAUAUUUUGUCUUUCUGUUUUAUAUACAUAUACGUUUUUAUAUUGGAAACAAGGAAUAAAGUUUGAUUUUGUUGUACAAAACAAAUAAACUAUUCUGGAUGUACAUAUGUUCAAAA